GCGGCGCCCCCUUCCGCCGCGCGGAGUUACCAACGCUCUUCCUGGCAGGCGACCCCCGGGAAAGAGCUAAAUUUGCUUGGGCCGUGCCCAAGGGAGCGUUGGGUCCUCUGGGCAGUGCAUUGCUUGGGCCCGAGGCUUGUGUGGCUUGUGUCUCAGCGGCUCGGUCCGGUCGCCACCAUGAUGGAAGGCACGCUUUCCGAGUAUGCCUUCUACAUGCUCUGUCCGGUCGCCCUGCUGGUCGGGUUCCUGUGCCUGGUCAAGCACAUCAUCCGCCGGACGGAGUUCUUCCAUUGUGACGACUCGCUGGAGGGCAAGACCAUCCUCGUCACUGGAGGCUCCAACGGCCUGGGACGCUCGCUGUGCCUGGAGCUGGCCCGGCGGGGCGCCCGCGUGGUCAUCGCGUGCCGGACGCGGCUCCGGAGGGACUCGACGGCCUUCUUCCUGCGCGAGAAGACCGGCAGCUUCAACGUGCGCGUCAUGUACAUGGACCUGACCAACCUCGAGUCAAUCCGGGAGUUCGCCAAGGAGCUCAUCGCCUCCGAGGAGAGGCUAGACUGCAUCGUCAACAACGCAGCCAUCCUGACGGGGCGCGACUUUACGGCGGACGGCAUCGACCUGAUGAUGGGCGUCAACUUCGUGGGCCACUUCUUCCUGACGACGCUGCUGAUCGACAAGCUGCGCUCAACGCCCGGCAGCAUCGCGCGAGUCGUCAACGUGGUCUGCGGGGGCUUUAAGCAGGGACUCGUCUCUGACCUCGAGGACAUGGAGGACAAACGCGUGCGCAACGAGUACGACCUCAAGCACGUCUACCGCAGCUCCAAGCUGGGGCUGUUCCUCUUCAACAGGGAGCUGGCGAGAAAGUACCGUCCCUUCGACGUGGCCGCCUUCUGCGUGGACCCGGGCCUGGUGGCGAGCAGCCUGUACAAGCACCUGCCGGGCUUCCAGGGCCGCUUCAUGAGCGUCCUGGCCAGGGUCAUGUUCCGUUCCACCGAGGAGGGAAUCCAGUCCCUGCUGUACGCCAUCAUGGCUCGGAAGCUCGAGGCGGACUCCGGAAAGGUGAUCAAAGACUGCCGCGCUUUCGACGUGAAGAACUCCGAGUGGACCGACGAGGUGACCCGCGGCCUGUGGGAGCGCACCGAGGAGCUGAUCAGGUCCAAGGGCAUCCCGUUCUCGCUGAGCCAGGAGGCCGAGGAAGAAGACCUGGGCGGUGGCAUCGCGGCGGCCAAGGUCAACCUUGAGGCCUUCGCUCAGAAGAUGCAGGCCGGCGGAGGCAAGCAGGAUGGUCAGAACCUCCCGGCGGAUGACGAAGAGGAGGAAGAGGAGGACGAGGAGUAGGCGGCCGGGACGGCGCGCCCGCGGUUCGUCCCAGAGGCGCGCUGUUUGGCGGCCCUUCGAAGAACCGAAGCAUGGCCGAAUUAUCCUCGCCCCGACGGAGGCUCCCCGGGCGGCACGGAUGUCCCAAGCACGUCCACGGGACGUUCGUAGAACCUUAGGAAAUCCAGAGGGCGUCCGCGGAACCAUGCGUGUUGCCAGGGACCUUUACAGAUCAGGGAAGUAGAAGCUUCGUUGAAAGAUCCGUACGUGGCAUGAAGGCGGAGCGAAAAACCGGCGGGGCUCAAAACCUUUAUCACUCGAACAGCGCACUAUGUUCUACAACGGCAAGGAUAGCUUCACUAACGUCGUAAUUGGUGCACAACACAUUUACACUAGGAGCCUCUCCGAAUUCCGAAGUAAAACUCGACGACAGAUGACAACUUUCGAUAUCAGCUGCUUCCAGCUCUUAAGCGUAACUAGCGUUUUCUUUUUUUAAUUGAUUCCGUAAUUGAUUAAAACUUCGUCUUUAAAGAUUUUGAACAUGGGUGGGAAGCGGCGGAUCUACGUGUUUUUAUACUUGCACUACAUGGCAAUGUCUAAGUGAAUGCGUAGAAUUCACGCGGCUGUGUACUGUACUGUGGCGAGCAUAAUGAGUGGUCUGCGUUUUCUACGCACGAGAAGUCGCUUAGCGGAAAAAGCGAGUUGGUCUUGAACUUGGACUUCUCCGAAUGCGAGCCAAACGGUGUCGAUGGUAGAUCUGGCAGUUCGUGUUCUCUGUCUUCGAUCGAUUUCACUGUUUUAGGCGCCAUUCGCCUUUCGUUGUGGCGGCUGACGUCCCCAGCUACGCAAUGAGGAGUUUUGGGAGCCUAAAUUAAACCGCUGAGAAUCCGCCGCUAGUACAACCCUACCGAAUAACAAUUUUUUUUAGAAGUAGGUUUGAAACUAAAAAUAAAGAAAAAAGUGUAGUAAGCUCCAUGGAACGCUCGCAACUCGUCCUUUUAUUGUGGGCACUUACGACAAUUAAACAAUAAUAACACGCGCGUUGUAUUCUUACAUUAUUGGAUUACGAUUUUGCCUUGGGGUGCGUAAGUACGCUUUCGUCUUUGGUUUUGUGUGCUAUUUCUUAAGAACGUUGCAUCUGGUGGUUUAGAAAGUUUUAAAUAAUUGUAAGAGUACCGUAGAGUGCGAAUAAAAUAAUUGGCCCUUCAUUAUAAGUAAUCCGGACUAUGAUGACCACUAUAUAUUCCGUCAUAACCCCUGAGUUACACGUUAGGGGUCUCUGACUAUAACCCAACUGUGCGUUAAAUGGGGAACAUAGAGAGCGUUCAAGCCGUAACAAGAAGCAUUAAAAACUCUCUCAAGCUCGCAAGUUCAACAUUACCGCGUCUUGACUAACUCGCUAAGGUGUAUCGAACGUAUUUAUGUUCAUGAAUGCCCACGAACUUCGCAUCAUGCCUAUAGAUGUCACUGUUUGCUAUUCAUUCGGGCACCCACGUCGAAAGUGAACGUAAUGAAUCACUCCGGCAGAAGUCAAUAGUGACCUUUACAAUAGCUAUAUCACAAGCUGCGACCAGCGGGGGCGAGCUUCCAAAUGCACCCUUCGAAGUGGCGGCACUGUCGAGCUCCCGCAAGCAACGCCGCGAUGGCCAAAACGACUCCUCUAAAACUCGCUAAUGUGCCGCCUUCCACAUGUCGUCGUGCGUGGCCCCAACAUCCUCAAGCCUUGUGAUUCCGAAGAACUCCUCUCGCCAUUUUUUCCGGCCUGACUCUCGUGUGAAUGAACGUCUGGCCGCUUUUGCCAGCGUCCUGUUAUCCGUGUGUCCGCCCUCCGCCAACACCUCCCGAUAGCAAGGCCGUAGCGUUAGAUUUUCUACGUCACGUCCCGGAGGCCGACAGAUCGGUUCGCAAGAGCUGCGUCAGAGUUCCACUUGGACCCGCGUUCUCACCGAUCGAACACGAGACCCAGCAAGCGCGCUGACGCAGCAAUCGCGUUCAACGCAGCAAUCGCGUCCAACGCGUGCCCCAUAAUGGCCUCCACUAGGUGACGUAGACAAAUCGGGCACCAAGGCCUCGUUUAUAUUGGAGGUGUUGCCUGCACGCGAACGCGAAGCAAGAGGAGUGACGGCGAGAUUCCGCUGCACGAGAGAGUUUUAGUAGAUCGUUCGGGUGCCUCCGAUAACGAUACUCCGCCGAUGCCUUUGCGCGUGCAUCCCAUCGCUAUCGCGUGCCGUCACCGGAGUUAUCGGGGAAUGGUCUACUAAAACUCUUUACUGACAGGACAAGAAGCGCGGACCGUCUCUAUCGGAAGGCCGGCCUCCAGCACGUGUCCGUUGACUUCCGCCACGCUUCGGCUGCGUGUGAAAGCUCGACGCGCACGAGACGCCAAAAGGUUCUUGAAAGGGGGAAGCUCGCGCUGGAGGCGGGACAACUGAAGGACGUAUCCCUUCCGGUCUCGUGCAGUCUGUGACUUCUAGUCCUUCCCGCAUCCUCAAGACCGCCCGUAGCAACACGUGUCUUCUGCUCCAAGCAACAUUUCAAGCAACUAGAGCAGCGAAUAAAGAAACCUACAAUA